ACGACUUCCGCUCUUACGCUGUCAGCCACAAUGGACAGUAAUCCUGCUAAGCGCGUUUUUACAGAGGAAGGACAGGCGUCCAGGACGACUUCUUUUACUAGCUCUGCUCAUGAUCGCCUUCCCGCCGACCUGUUGCUGGGACUCCAAAACGUAGGAUCACGCGUCAGGAGGAGCGUGAACGAAGGAUACGCCACAGAUCGCUCGAGGCUUUCCGCAUCUUCCCCGCGAACGUUCUCUCGCACGGCAUCGAGCCCUCACGUACUAUAUGGAGGGCGCCCCUCCAUAUUCUGCUCCGCGAACGAUACUCUCGAACAGGUUUAUGCUCAGUCGCAGGGAAGGCCUGGAGCUGCGUCAUCCUCAUCUGUCCUCAAGCGCCCCAUAGCAGAAGAGGUUGAAGAUGAAACAGGUCGUGAUGGAGGAGUUGAUGCGCAGAUUGGUGAUGGUGUUGGCGAGGAGAAAGUUGGGACGAAUGGCGUCGCCGGCGAGUCCUUUGCUUUACCCCGACCAACGAAGCAACUCCCACGGACAGCCUCGGAGUCUUUCAGGCAGACUCGCUCUAUGCCUGCUGGUCUUUUCGGCACCACUGCCCCGAGAGACGGCACGAGAGACUCCAGUCCCAUUCCAGAAGUCAAUGCCGAAGAAGACUGGAGUACGGCGAAUUUCCCUGGGGCUGUAACAGGUACAGCUGACGAUCAGUCGUGAAGAAGCAGAUCUCUCCCUCCGCUUUCUCUCUUUUUCUAUUUCCAAUGUAUUUGGUGUGUUGUAUUUGGAUCUCACAACUCAAACGCAAAACUCGCGUCGAACAACUCGUCGCGAUGGGUCCUUGUGUAUCGCGGGGAUUAGGCUCGAUUAUCUGUCCUGUUCCACCCAGAACGCUUCCCAAUUGUAUACUGCCUCUUCUACUUGCCAAACGGCAGGUUAUCUAUCGCCAUCUUCGCCCAUGAGUUUGCCCCUCCC